ACACUUCAGUCGCGUUGGUGGCUGCAUGCGAUUUGACGUAUUCUGCGUGCAGUGAUGUCACUUGUCACCUUAUUUUAUGAAAUGUCAAACGUUUUACAUGUAAUUCGCGUGUGAAUUGUAAACAUAUUGACAGUGAAAUAGAUAAUAUCUAUGCAGUGAUAAUAAACGAGUGACAUGGACUGCUAUUAUUCCAAAUUUUAUCCAAGGCGUAAGUGACAAAAUGGAAAAUUUACUCCGGUGAUUCGUACAUAAGUCAUGAUGCACCCCGCCGGAUACUACGCAAACCUUGCGAGCGGCGCGCUCGCGGCCGGCACCAUUGCGUCUCCGUGGAGCACGGCGGCCGGCGCGCCCGACACCAACGGCUCGGGCGGCGCCGACGCCAAGCAUUUGGACGUUGGAGAUGCUAGUGACGAUGAAAAGGACCUUUCGGCGGCAGACGCAGAAGGAGUAUGGAGUCCAGACAUCGAACAAAGUUUCCAGGAGGCGCUGGCAAUCUACCCACCUUGUGGCAGACGCAAAAUCAUCCUCUCCGAUGAGGGCAAGAUGUACGGGAGGAACGAGUUAAUAGCGAGGUAUAUAAAGUUAAGAACGGGCAAGACGCGGACACGGAAACAAGUUUCAUCGCAUAUACAGGUGCUAGCCAGGCGGAAACUGCGGGAGAUACAGGCCAAACUCAAAGUGCAAUUUUGGCAACCAGGUUUACAAGCAGGGACCUCACAAGAUGUUAAACCCUUCCCCGGCGGGGGCUACAAAGCCGUCCCCGGCGUGGCCGGCGUUGGCGUCCCCGGGGGCACCGACGUCGCUCCUCCCCCGCCCUGGGAGGGCCGGGCCAUCGCCACUCACAAACUGAGGCUUGUGGAAUUCUCCGCCUUCGUGGAACAUCCUAGAGACCCUGACACGUACCCUCCGAGCACAGCGUCGGCACAACAUCUCUUUGUACAUAUAGGUGGUGCUGUUUCAUACGCAGAUCCUUUAUUAGAGUCGGUAGACGUGCAACAGAUAAAUGACAAGUUCCCUGAGAAGAAGGGCGGCCUCAAAGAGUUAUACGAGAAAGGGCCGCGGAACGCAUUCUUCUUGGUCAAGUUCUGGGCAGAUCUCAAUACUAACAACUUGGACGAUCCCGCCGCUUUCUACGGGGUCACGAGUGUAUACGAAAGCAACGAGAACAUGACCAUCACGUGUAGUACGAAAGUGUGCUCGUUCGGGAAGCAAGUGGUGGAAAAGGUGGAAACUGAAUACGCGAGGUUCGAGGGCGGCCGGUUCGUGUACCGCAUACAGAGGUCGCCCAUGUGCGAGUACAUGGUCAACUUCAUACACAAGCUCAAACAUCUGCCCGAGAAGUACAUGAUGAACAGUGUGCUGGAAAACUUCACUAUACUACAGGUGGUGUCAAACAGAGAUACUCAAGAAACAUUACUUUGUGCGGCCUUCGUGUUCGAAGUAUCAAACAGCGAGCACGGCGCACAACACCACAUUUAUAGGUUGGUCAAAGACUGAAGCGCGCGACAGCCGAGCGAGAGAGCAUCCCCCCACCCCGUGCGAGAGCGAGAGGCGACGAGUGCAGUCCGCGCAAGUGGGCCGGCGAGAAAACGUUAACAAUUAUUUUUAUUGACUUCUGAUGAUAAAGUUGUCAAAUGUUCUUGCCAGAAUUAGGUAUGUCUGAUCUCUGGAUACAUGACCAAAAGUAUUAUAGAAGUUAAAUAGUCGAUGGUAAUUAAAUUGUACUUUUUUUUUAUUUUGACAUCAAUGCAGGUUUUCUUCUUAAAAUUAAUAAAACAGAAUACGAGUAAGUAGUUGUGCCGAUAUUUUUCCGUAAAUUUCAUAAUUUCCUAAAAAGUUGUAGUUUCAAUAAAAAUCUCGAGAUUAUUGUAUUUUUUUUCUGUUUCUUAAAUUUUUCAUUAUGCAGAAUAAUGUUACCUUUUCUCGGCGGCUGCACGAGUACACGGAGAUAAAUUUAACUAUCAAAUAAACUGUGGUGUAAGGUGUUUUGUGUUAACAAUUCACACCGUUUCGGUAAAAACCAGAGAUUUUAUAUAGGAACCACGAUAAGGCAGUUCCUUUCUUUCUUACUCUGAGUUUAAGUUGCUGUUCGUAAAUUGAUAAUAUUGGUCAAUAAGGUCUAUUUACGAACGGGCCAUAUCAAAAGAAAAAGUGGUUUGUCAAAAUUUCAAUGUCCACUGAAAUCUAUAGUACCUACCUAAAGAUUCAUUGACGUAUCUUUUUGCACUUCCAUUAUGGUGUUUUAAAAGAGAGUAUUUGUAGUUGUAGUGUAUUGUAUUAAAUAAUACUUACGAGUAUAUACCACAGUUCAUUUGGUCUGUUAACCAAUGUUCGUCACGCAGCCACUCGCAACUAUCAAGUAGGUCUUCCGAUGCGUUAUACGAGUGCUAUUCUUAUACCCAUCCGGCACAAACCUGUUUAUCAUCAGCUAGGGAAUAUUUGUUAUAUAGUGUGAAUAUAGCAAAAUGUGAUCUGAAAAUUACGCUACAAGUAUUUUUGUAACUGAAUGUUUAUGUAUAGCUCAAUUUUGAGUAUCUCUAUGUAAAUCUGAGUUUUAAUCCUUCGGGCGUUCACCAACUCUCCCGUAGUCGUAGGCUACGUUCGGCGAAGACAAGAGUAACAAUAAAUAUUUUACAUAAUUCUAAUAAUCCUAAUUGUCGUUCGGUAAUUGUGUAAUAUAAUGUCAAAUAAGAUUAUAGAAUUGAAUACACACAGUGCCUCUAUAAUUAUGUUACAUUAACAUAAAUUACUUGAGCGUGUUUAGUCAUUUCACUGCCCGUACAUAGAUGAAAUAAUAAGUUGUAAAUACGCAGCAGUGGAAUGGCUAACAACUUAGUGUAGGAUACAGUGAAUCAUUCGUAGUUUAAUAAGUAUAGAGUUGUUAAGACGUCUCUGGUAAUUUUAUCCGCUCAUUUGUUACACGCUCGAUCUUUCAUUUCUUUUUUACUUUAAAACUUUGCCUCUUUUGUUACAUAUUUUACAGGUUUAUAAGGUAAUGUUAUAUAUAUUUUUUCUUCAACUAACAUAUUUGCCACUUAAAACAAUAAUGUGUUAUUAAUUCGUGUAAAUAAAAUUAUGUACCUAAAUAACAAGUGUACAUGUGUUCACGUGGUCUGCCAGAUUUGAUAGCGUAUACUUAAGGUUGUAAAAUUAGGAAUGGGAGAAAUUAUAUAAAGCGGACAUUUUCGAUAUUCAUCUCAUACAUUUUUUUUUAGUUUUAGAACGGGAUGCGUUAGCUGCUAUUAAGAAGAUAUUUAUUACAAAACGAAUCAUAUCAGAAACAAAAAUACAUUUUCAUCAUUAUUUUGUUUCAUUUUACUCAUUUUGAAAUUGUAAAGUUAUUCGUUUCACAUUACAAUGUUUCAUUGUAUAUAACUUAUAAAAGUUUGGCAGCUACAACAAACCGAUGAUUACAUAGUGUUUCUAAUUUAUACAUUUUUUUUGCGUUUCGCAUCCCGUGUGACAGAGCCACUGCUUUCACGUUUCAAAGUACAAAUGAGUGAAGACACUACUCAACGGCCUGCCGGAUUAUUCAGUAAGUUAACGUGGCAAUGAUUUGAUCUCUCUUUUAGUCAAAUAUUUUAAGUGUCCUCCCGUCGGCGCUGGCAAGCGCACUCAGGGUCCUUCGCAGGGAAACCAUGGGCGCGCAACCGUCACCAUCUAUUGAAAAGGUUAUUUUUCAUACUUACCAUUACGCUUGUCUCCCAUUAGGGUAGACAGAGACUACAGAUUUCCACUUGCUACCAUCUUUACAUACCUACUCUUAAAAUUUUGGUUUUUCAUUUUAUUUACAUGAUAAUGUGUGGAGUGAAAGAGAUAUCACUCUAAACAUUUCUGAAAUUACUUACGUUAUUUGGUCACCAAAUCCUCUUUCACACAUUUCUUUUAAUUUCAAUGUUGAAAAAUAUCUUAUUUAUAGAAUAUUCGACAAAAGCAGUACCUAUUAGAAUCAAAAACAAUCAGACAAUAUUGGCCCUUCUUUAUUUGCCAUGUUUGAAGUUCAGGUAGGUGCUGAAAUGUUGAUCACAUUAUUCUUACUACUGUUCCAAAUUAACUUCGUAAUUUUAUGAACUCCUUGAUAAUAAAAUUGUUCAUCUUUUACAAUCGCGCCGCCAUGGUAUCACGGUGAAGCAGACCCUUAAAUUUACAGUGUUAUGUGCAUUAAAUAGUAGGUAUUUAGUUUCAAGACAUGAGGUAGAAAAAUAUUAUCUUAGAUAAUAAUAAGAGAUUUUUGUAUUUAUUUCAUAGAGUUAUUAUAUUAGGUAAUUGUAAAGUGAUUAGCUUUAAGAUUUUUUUUAAAUAUGGCGAUGGUCGUUCAGACAUUAGGAAAAAGUUGUCAUUACUAGUACUUAAGCUAACGAACUUAAAUUUCGUUGCAAUCAACGUUUCUUUUUUCUUUUCUUUUGUAAAUGUGUUCUGGAUAAUAAAUUUUGUUGUAAGCAGUCAUGCGAACAAGCAAGAGAAAUCUCUUGUUGUGAUUCUCUAAGUUUAAUAUAUAUAUAAUACUAUGUACUCAUGUGAGAUUAACUCCGUUUUUUUUUCAACUCAACUCUUUUGCUAUAGUAUAGUUUGUAUUGAAUCGUUUGACAACGCCUAAGUAUGGCAAUAUAUUCAAUAUAAAAGUAUCAUGUAAAUAAAAUAAAACAUUUAGUGCAUUUCUUUCUGUUAGUUUUCUAAGCGAAUUUGCUUCUAUUCAAGUGUUUCAUAUCGACAAUCUGCCAUAUCAAAAUAAAGAUAUUUUAGUCGGCCGCGUUUGGGAUUAUCAUUUGUGACUUUUUUAUUUACUUUUUGCUAAGUUUAUGUCUUCUCAGAUUUCGUUUGGUAGCUGUUAUUUAUAAACGCAAAUGAUAUCCCAGAAACAUUACCGACAUUGUACAGUAUUUUAAAGAUAAUAUUACGUUAAAGAUUUGUAUGAAAAAUUUAAUUAUAUUGUCUUCUUAAA